GAGGCAGUCGUGGUGCCGUCGCUCAGUCCUCGUUCGGAGCCCACCGCGACGCCGCGAGACCCGAGACCCGCGACCCGCGAACACGUGUGCGCGAUUUCAGUGAGAGUCACGCGGACGCUAGCGCGAUUCCCGCCAAAAUUCGCGACGACCGAAAUCCCGUCCGGUCGAAGUGUACUGAUUAGAUUUUGGCAUCAGAGGAUUUUUUUGGAAUUUGGAUCAAGUGCAGAGGUGAAGAAACGCCGUUUCAAUGCGAAAUUCUUAUUCACAAAAAACUCGAAACUCUAGAUAACCGAUGCCAAAAAUACUGGUAUCAACAACGAUGUGGUGGGACAUAUUUGGCGCAUCUAUAGUGCAUCUCGUGGAAAAGUUGAACUUGACCAUGUCAACAGCGAACGAUGACUGUUUUAUACUUUGAAGUAAGGUUACAGUGAGUGACCCACGCCGAAGGGCCAGUGCGAUGGCGAAUAAAAAUUCGGCAACUUUGUGCGUCGAGUUGGAAAAAGGCGCCGGAAAACCGGGAUCAGUAGUAAAGUCUGUAAAUCCUGUUAAAUCUAAAAUUUCAGAAUGUCGAGUCUACCGGAUCAGAUGGCUCAUCCUGUUCCUGUUCGUGCUUUACUCGAUGGCCAAUGGGAUGCAAUGGAUCCAGUACUCCAUCAUCGCCGAUGUCGUCACCAAGUACUACUCGGUUUCCAACUUCGCAGUCGAUCUCACCUCCGUCAUCUACAUGUUCACCUACAUCAUUCUCAUAUUCCCUGGCUCUUGGGCCCUUGAUAAAUUGGGACUGAGGAAAGCUGUACUUUUGGGUGCAUUCGGGACCUGCUUUGGGUCCAUAGUGAAACUGUUCUCAGUGCACCCCACAUUAUUUUACGUGACUUUCAUUGGACAGACCAUCGUAGCCAUCUCUCAAGUGUUCAUCCUCAGCGUUCCAGCAAGGCUCGCCGCUGUGUGGUUUGGACCCUCCGAGGUGUCACUGGCAUGCUCCAUCGGAGUUUUCGGCAACCAGGUAGGUAUUGCUGCAGGUUUCCUGUUCCCGCCUACGAUUGUGGCGCCAAGUGAAAAUCCUGAUGUUGUCGGGGCCCGUCUCCAACUCAUGUUCAACAUCGUCGCUGCGUUUACAGGGAUCCUCCUUGUUCUCCUGCUAAUAUUUUUCAAGGAUGCUCCAGAGCUCCCACCAAGCCCUGCUCAGGCGGCGCAAAGAGCAUGUGAGCCUUCAGGAUUUGGCAGUUCAAUAAAAAGACUGUUCAUGAACCCAGCAUAUGUUCUGCUCCUAUUCUCGUACGGAAUAAAUGUUGGAGUUUUCUAUGCAAUAUCUACUUUACUGAAUGACGUCAUACUAGGAUAUUUCCCGGGUCGACAGCAAGAUGCAGGUCAAAUUGGACUUGUAAUUGUGAUAGCUGGAAUGGUGGGAUCUAUUCUAUGUGGCAUAAUUUUGGAUAGAACUCAUAAAUUUAAGGAAACAACAUUAGUUCUCUACUUCCUUUCUUUGGCUGGAAUGAUCUUGUUUACAUUCACCUUGGGCAGUGGAUACUUGGAGGUUGUGUACUUCACAUCUGGAGUUGUUGGAUUCUUCAUGACUGGUUAUCUACCUGUUGGGUUCGAAUUUGCUACAGAACUAACCUACCCAGAGCCAGAAGGAACAUCUUCAGGAAUGUUAAAUGCGUCUGCUCAGAUAUUUGGAAUUGCUUUUACAAUGUUUGCAAGACUGAUUUUAAACACAUUCGGUGACCUUUGGUCUAAUUUAAGUUUGUGCGCUGCACUUGUUGUCGGGGCAGGAAUGACCACUAUUAUAAAAUGCGAUUUGCGGCGACAAACUGAACAAGUGAAAAAUUUACCCCGACCUGCAGUUUAGUAAAAAAUUCCAAUUUAAAUUAAUAUGUAUGUAAUUUUGUACAAAAUAAUACAAGGAAAAUGCAUUGAAUCUCCAAACAUUCUAGGGUUAGGAAGAAAACUCAUUUUUCGGAAUUUGUAACAUAGUACAGUUGUAAAAUACAAGGAGACUUAAAACUUCACUUCCACACUAUAAAAGCAGCCCAAGUGAGUUUUGAGACGCUUAAGUUCCUUCAUCAGUAUUUUUAUUUUCCAGUUUAAAGGAUUGAAGAAAGCUAAACUAAAUAAGGUGCUACGAAUAAUGAAGAAUUUACUGAUCUGCAAGAUAUUCAACUGAUCAUUUUACACAAACUGAUUGCAGUGGAGGCACGGGUCGUAAGACAGUUUGUUGGAGUUUUUUGCCAACGUGCAUUAAAAGAAAAUGUGCACAUAUGAGCUUUUCCCACUGUUUGAGAUUUCCAGCUUUGUGCUGAAUUUUUAACGCAUGUUGGUAAAAAACUCCAACAAACUGAUCAUUUCAACUGAUGCGUUAUUUGUUGUGAAUAAUAACUUGCUUUACUACACAUAGUUUACUGCUCAUCUGAUCAAUUUGCUGAAUAAAGGCAACGAGAUUUUCUGAUGAAUAAUUAAAUAUGAAUAUCUGAUUGGUUAGCAAUAAUUCUAAGAUUCAUUAAAAUAGUUCAGUGUACAUUUUGUAGGUAAUAGUAGAUUGAGUUCAUAGAGAUCUUUUGUAUUCAUUGAUAAGGGGUAAUUUUCCCAAGUAGAACAAGGAACUUUGACUGCUGCUCAUAAAUAAAGUUUAUUGAACACAGUUACAUUUACAUGCUUCAAUUAUACGAUUCUUAGCCGAAGAUUCUUCCAAUAUUUUUGUACAAAUUUUAAAAGGUCCUCUAAGAAUUGAGAUUUUUAUAAAGUGAGGAGAAUUUUCUAAAAUUCAUUCAAGCAGUCAUUCCAUUUUUACGCAGUAUUUACAGAUUGAAAAAGUUACAUUAUCAAACAUGAAAAUGUGAUGAAAAAGAAAGUAAGGGAAGAAAAAACUUCACAGGAACCACACAGUUCAAGAAGCGUGAGAUUUGUGAUUCACGUGAUACUACUGAGUUUGAGACUAAGAGCUAGGAAUUACUCUAAGCUUUGGCUAAGACUUGGUAUCCUCCCCUAAAUUUUGCACAGUACACUCUCUCUAUAAUAAAUCUGCAACGAACCGAAAAAUCUUUCUUCAGAGAGAAAUUUUUUAUAUUACAAGUGGCGCUCAACAAACAUAGGAACUAGGAAGUUCAAAGGACCAAACGAUUCUUUUGUUAGAGAGAAGUGUUUGUUAUAAUAGGUGGCAAAAUACAGACAGAGAGAGAGAGAGAAUGCUGUACUUUCAAAAUAACGAUUUCAUUGGGGGCAAAUUCCCAAAUACUCAAAUCAUUUUUCACUGAUUUUAGAUCCUCAAUUUUGAAUCAUGGUAAAUAAAAUUAUUUACCAGAUUCAGUAAGAAUGAGUUUCAACAUUCUGCAAUAUUGCAGCUAGUCGGUGUAGAUUUUGCACCAAGCCACCUUAUUUUAAUCUGGUAAGGUGGACUUCCAUUUUUGUCAAUUUCAAAGGUAAUGUCUCGUUUAUGUUUUUUGUUGUAACACUCAUUAGAUGAAAACUUCCAAGAUGCACUGCCAUUUGUUUCUUUCUUAAACAGAAAAAGCAUACCAGCAGCACUAAAUUUCUUAGAUAAACUUUUCCUUAACCAAAAAUGCUGUCAAUUAGUUCUAAUUGUACUGCUUUAGAAUAUUUCCCAUGUGAUUUUUCAAUAUGUAAACGUACAAAAGAACAGUGUUCCACCUUCACCAGGCACUGGACCUCAAAAGAUCCCAAGAAUCGGGCUUUGGCGCCAAAAAAUUGGUGGAGGGGGCUGAGCCAUUGUGGCGCCAAAACAAGUUGACGCACCCUGUUGAUUAAUUAAACUUGCAAACUCGAAGCAGCGGUAGCGAUUUCAAAGUACCGUUUGCAACACCGCAGCCUUCACCACCGAUACAUGUUGCAAUUCCUCAUUUGUGCCUUUGGUUGCAAAAUUUCAUGCAACAUGAUGCAAGUACAAAAAGUAAAUUUGGCUUCUGAAAAUUGAGCUUUCCAGACAAGAUAGCUCCUAAAAUUUUAGGGUGAGGGUAGAACACUGCAAAUGAAAAUUUGAAAUGAUUUCUGUUAAUUAUACUUUUUUAAAAAUUGAAUUAGAUGUGAGAAGACAACUGAUAUUAAAAGACAAGUAUGGCUCUUGUAGUCAAAGCAGUAAUAAUAUGUGAGCAGAAAACUGAAGUUUCACAAUAAAAUAACACUAUUGUAGCAACGAAGGCAAAAUACUCAUGACAGAAAGUUUGAAUGUUGAAGAAGUAAAAAAAAAAAAAAGUUGUUCGUGCCAUUUCAGAAAAAAAAUUGGCUUUAACUUUUUUGUUAAUUUUACUCUCUGAACUUAGCUACUCUAUUUGUGUUUACAGAUUUUUGAACCAUAGUAAAGUAACGAGUAUACUUCAGCCUAUAGGACAUUAAUGUUAAGUUUAGUUUUAGGUAAUUAUAUAGAAAAAAAAA